CAGCACGGAGGCGUGAGACGAGGCGCGCGGUGGACAGCAUCAAGGCACUGUGCGGUACACUGUCCUGCCUGGCCAUGGCAUCAUCGUCACAACCCAGGAAGAGGGAGCCCGUGCCCAGGAUGCAGCCAGCCAUGAUGAUGUUCUCCAGCAAGUACUGGACCCGCCGAGGGCUCUCCCUGGAUUCGGCCAUGUUCAGCCAGCAGAACCUGCGCCACACUGGUGGACAGAUGACACGACGCCCCUCAUUCUAUCCUAUCGACGAGAAACCUAACACCGAGAAUCAGGCUGCAGAGACAGGGAAGACUGCCGUGGUUUUCACCCUGAACAACGAGGUUGGAUGUCUGGUCAGAGCGCUGCGCCUGUUUCAGGAGAAACAUGUCAACUUGAAUCACAUCGAGUCUAGAAGGUCAAAGCGCUUCACUUCGGAAGUGGAGAUCUACGCUGAUUGCAGUUGCACCAAGAAGCAGUUUAAUGAGUUGCUUCAGCACCUCAAGGAUCACGUCAACAUCGUUUCCUUCAACACUCCUCCCCACGUAUGGACCGCUGAAGCAGAUGAGGAAGAGGUGCCCUGGUUCCCACAGAAGAUCUCAGAGUUGGACCAAUGUUCCCACCGAGUCCUGAUGUAUGGAUCAGAGCUGGAUGCAGACCAUCCUGGCUUCAAAGAUAAUGUUUAUCGCGAGAGAAGGAAGUAUUUUGUGGAAGUGGCCAUGAAUUACAAGUUUGGCCAGCCUAUCCCUCGCAUAGAAUACUCUCCAGAGGAGGUGAGGACAUGGGGGGUGGUGUACCGUGAGCUCACCAAGCUCUACCCCACACACGCUUGCCGUGAGUACCUGAAGAACCUCCCCCUGCUCUCAAAGCAUUGUGGGUACCGAGAGGACAACAUUCCUCAACUGGAGGACGUGUCUCUGUUUCUGAGAGAGAGAUCAGGCUUCACCGUGCGGCCUGUCGCGGGGUAUCUGUCGCCGAGAGACUUCCUGGCUGGCCUGGCCUACCGAGUGUUUAACUGCACUCAGUACGUUCGCCACAGCACUGACCCCCUCUACACACCAGAGCCAGACACCUGUCAUGAACUGCUGGGUCAUGUCCCUCUCCUCGCCGACCCUAAGUUUGCCCAGUUCUCCCAGGAGAUUGGUCUGGCGUCUGUAGGAGCAUCGGACGAGGACGUACAGAAACUAGCCACAUGUUAUUUCUUCACCAUCGAGUUUGGCUUGUGUAAACAAGAUGGCCAGCUGAGGGCUUAUGGAGCAGGCCUGCUGUCAUCUAUUGGAGAGCUACGGCACGCCCUGUCUGACAAGGCCACAGUGAGGAUGUUUGACCCGGGGACCACCUGUCACCAGGAGUGCCUCAUCACCACUUUCCAGGAUGUCUACUUUGUAUCCGACAGCUUUGAAGAAGCCAAAGAGAAGAUGAGGGAGUUUGCCAAGUCGAUCAAGAGGCCCUUCUCAGUGUACUAUAACCCGUACACGCUAAGCAUCGACCUGCUGAAGGACACCAGGAGCAUAGAGAACGUGGUCCAGGAGCUCCGGAGCGACCUCACCACCGUGUGUGACGCCCUGGGCAAGAUGAACACUUAUCUGGGGAUCUGACCAUAUGCCGUCAGGGCGAUUUAGACUCAAUCUAUUUCCUGUGAUACAAGCACACCCCAAGCCCAGGGAAAGCCUCGCGAUCUGUCAGUGGGUGAUGUUUGUUGUCUGGGACAAGGAAACCAACUUUAAAUUCUUACAAAUGUAAAUAAUCCCUUUUUCCUCUCCUUCGUCAGUGCUACUGCAUAACUUCAGUACGUAAUGAAGCAUAUGAGUUUAGUGUUGAAU